UUGGGAACAUCUCGCCUCUCCGAGACGACGGGAUGAGCAACCUCCGGGCUGUCCUUAUCCCACAGGUGUCUUUAACCUGAUCUAGUGUACAGGAGGACAGACACCAGCCUCCCUUUCUCCAGUGUUGGGAAACUUUACACCAACCUAUGCUGCAGCACCUCACCCUUUCGGGCCGACUGCUCAUGCCGCUGGCUUGGACCUAACCUAGGAUAACUCUUGGCCCAGCCAGGGUUGGGGGGAGCCAUGGGCAGCUCAGCCUCUUCGCUGGCCGCCGAGACGGAGUCGGACCAUGGUUUCACUGGCCCAACCUACCCAGGGCACCUGGCUGCAAGUUGGUAUAGGAGUAGCCACAGUGGCCCUGUUUGGGAAAGUGCCCUGAUAACACGGCAACAUCAGCACGUGAAUCACCGGGCACGAAGCCACAGCCACUCUUCUGGUUCUAUGGCCGCCGUGCGGGAAUGGUCCUGCACCCGCUGCACGUUCCUGAACCCCGUGGGACAGCGGCAAUGCUCCAUCUGCGAGGCCCCCCGCCAGAAACCCGACCUCAACCACAUCUUGCGCCUCAGCGUGGAGGAGCAGAAAUGGCCCUGCGCCCGCUGCACCUUCCGGAACUUCCUGGGCAAAGAGACCUGUGAGGUGUGCGGCUUCACCCCGGAGCCCGGGCCCGGGGGCUCUCCGCUGCCCAUCAUCAACGGCGCCUUGCCCAAGGCCACCAUCUCGGUCGAGCCAAAGGGCCCUUGCAAGGAGGAGAUGCCGACGGCCGAGAGCUCCGGCGAGGACUCUGGGGGGAAGAGCCCGGAGGGGGCGGGGCCAGAGGACGGCUGGGCCUGCCAGCGCUGCACCCUCCACAACACCCCCGUGGCCAACUCCUGCUCGGCCUGCGGGGGGCCCCGCAAGCUCUCGCUGCCCAAGAUCCCCCCGGAGGCGCUGGUCGUCCCGGAAGUCGUUGCUCCGGCCGGCUUCCACAUCGCGCCCGCCACCCCUCAGACUGGCGUGGCGGCGGAGACGCCGGAGAGCCACCCCGUUGCCAACCAAGGCACAGCCGCCCCUGAGCAAAACGGCCAGAAGAUGCCAAGCUUUAGCCUUUUCUCCCCCGGCCUCCAAAACAACCCGGUUCCCCGCAGCCGCCGAGAGGUGCCCCCGCAGAUGCAGCCGCCGGUGCCUGAGGCCUCCCAGCCCGCCUCGCCCCCGACGCCUGUGCAGAAGGCCCUCCGCUUCCAGGAGCUGAUGGCCACCAAGCGGCUGAGCGUGCUGGAAGAGGAGAUGGAGAUCAGCCCGCCGGCCUGGAAGUGCGGCGCCUGCUCUCUCCUCAACGCCUCGGGGGCCGGCGCCUGCGAGGCCUGCAGCGCCCAGAAAGGCAGCGACACCAUCGACUUGACGGGGGACUCGGUGCGGUUCACUCCCUGCGGCCCGUCCAGCCCGGACUUCACCACCUGGUCCUGUUCUAAGUGCACGCUGAAGAACCCCACGGCCUCCCAGCAGUGCAAGGCCUGCGGCUCCUCCAAGCUGCACGGCUUCCAGGAGCACGGCCUGCAGGGGGAGCCGCUUCCCAAAUGCCCCGAGUGCGGGGGCUCGGACAAGGCGGCCUGCGCGGCCUGCAGCGCCAAAGCCCCCUCGGCCCGCAAAGUGGCCCGCCUCUUCCCCUCGCAGCCCCCGGCCGCGCCGGAGCGGCCCACCCAGUGGCCCUGCCCCGCCUGCACCCUGCUCAACGAGCUCCAGGCCAAGCACUGCGUGGCCUGCCACACCCCGCAGGGCUACAUGGCCCAGCGCAAGGGCGCCAAGCCGCUCAGGCGCCGCGAGAGCAUGCACGCCGAGAAGCGGCGGCAGACGGACGAAGGGGAGGCCAAAGCCCUCUGGGAGAACAUCGUCUCCUUCUGCCAAGAGAACAAAGUCAACUUCGUGGACGACAGCUUCCCCCCGGGGCCCAAUUCGGUGGGCUUCCCCGAGGGGGACAGUGUCCAGCAGCGAGUGAAGCAGUGGCUGAGGCCGCACGAAAUCAACUGCAGCAUCUUCAAGGACCGUUCGGUCAAGUGGUCUGUUUUCCGGACACCCCGGCCCUCGGACAUCCUGCAAGGGCUCUUGGGAAACUGCUGGUUCCUGAGCGCUUUGGCGGUGCUGGCAGAGCGGCCUGAGUUGGUGGAACGGGUCAUGAUCACACGGACCAUGUGCCCAGAGGGGGCCUACCAGGUCCGCCUUUGCAAAGAUGGCACCUGGACCACUGUGCUGGUGGAUGACAUGCUGCCCUGUGACGAGUGUGGCUACCUCCUCUUCUCUCAGGCCCAGAGGAAGCAGCUGUGGGUAGCCCUGAUCGAGAAGGCCCUGGCCAAACUCCACGGUUCGUACUUUGCCCUCCAGGCGGGGCGCGCCAUCGAAGGCCUAGCUACGCUCACCGGCGCCCCCUGCGAGAGCCUGAUGCUGCAGGUCAGCUCCACUAACCCUCGCGAGGAGCCCAUUGACACUGACCUCAUCUGGGCCAAAAUGCUGAGUUCUAAGGAGGCUGGUUUUCUGAUGGGCGCAUCGUGCGGAGGGGGCAACAUGAAGGUGGACGACGCAGCUUACGAGAGCAUGGGCCUCCGGCCUCGGCACGCAUACUCCAUAUUGGAUGUACGGGACGUGCAAGGAUGCAGGCUGCUGCGACUCCGUAACCCCUGGGGACGCUUCUCCUGGAACGGCAGCUGGUCUGACGAAUGGCCCCACUGGCCGGCACACUUGCGGCAUGAACUCAUGCCCCACGGGAGCAGCGAGGGAGUCUUCUGGAUGGAAUACAGCGACUUCAUCAGGUAUUUCGACUCGGUGGACAUCUGCAAGCUCCAUUCGGACUGGCAUGAGGUCCGGGUGCAGGGCACCUUCCCGAACAAGGCUAGUGGCCCCAUAACCGUGACCUCGCUGACGGUGCUGGAGCGCGCAACCUUGGAGUUCGCCCUUUUCCAAGAAGGCAGCAGGCGCUCGGACACGGUGGAUAGCCAUUUGCUGGACCUCUGCAUCAUGGUGUUCCGAGCCACCUUCAUCAACGGCAGCAAGCUCAGCCUGGGCCGGCUGAUGGCGCACAGCAAGCGGGCCGUCAAGAAGUUUGUCAACUGCGACGUCAUGCUGGAGCCGGGCGAGUACGCCGUGGUGUGUUGUGCCUUCAACCACUGGAGCACCACGGCGACGAGCACCGCCUCGGGCCAAGUGUCCAGCCCCAGUACCACCACCAGUGGAUGCCCAGCUGCGGAGGUCUCCAGCUACAUCCUGGCCAUCUACAGCUCCCGCUUGGUCAUGGUGGAGCAGAUUGAGGCCCAGUCGACCACGUUGGCGGAUGCCAUCAUCCUGCUCACAGAGAACAAGGGCGAGCGGCACGAGGGGCGCGAGGGCAUGACCUGCUACUACCUGACACACGGCUGGGCAGGCCUCAUUGUCGUGGUGGAGAACCGGCACCCCAAAUCCUACCUGCACGUCCAAUGCGACUGCACGGACAGCUUCAAUGUGGUGUCGACGCGGGGCAGCCUGAAGACGCAGGACAGCGUGCCCCCGCUGCACAGGCAGGUGCUGGUGAUUUUGUCCCAGCUGGAAGGCAACGCCGGGUUCUCCAUCACCCACCGCCUGGCCCACCGCAAAGCCAACCAGGCCUUCCUGAACGACUGGAUGUCGACCAAGGGGACGCACAACCCGCUGCUCACCCCCGAGGUGGCGGGACUGCACGGGCCCCGGCCGCUAUGACAAAUGGCCCCACCCGCCCUGCCGCUCUUCUGCUUUUGCCUUUUUUCUGGCCCCACUUGCCUCGGGCGUUGCCCGAGCCGCCAUUACUGAGCCGCCAGGUUGAGGAGGAGGAGGAGGAGGAGGACGACGGACAGACGGACUGCGUGUCCCAUGCCAAGCGCCUUUCCUCCCAUCCCCUGGGGCCAGGCAGGGAGCUGCUCAGGUUCCCCCUCCCUUACGGUCCCUUCCCCACUUCUCCCCCCCCCGCACCCCCCCCCCCCCCACAGAUGAUGCACUUUAUCCAGAGCUGCCGUCAGAAUAGGAGAGCAAGGGAAUCUCACAGCCUGGAGAGGAGGCGACCCGGGCUCUGGUGCAGGAGAGGCACGCGUGCUUCCAGAUGCUGAGCCCUGGGACGUGGCCCUCCUCCCCACAGCCGCCAAAAACAAUCCCGAGGCUGCAACAAUAUACCUCUGGCCAAUGUGUCUGUCUGUGUGUCUGCCUCGCCACACCGUUAAUUGUGACAGCUGGGGGCAAGGGAGAGCAGCUUGGGGUGUGUCUAGGCAUCUCUUCCUUCUCUCUCUUGCCGUCGUCAUUUGCAGAUGGAGGGGUGCUGGAAUUCAUCUCCCUCUGAGCAUGAGGGGGGGCAGGUGAUGGAGAUUUGUCUGUCUGUCUGUAUGUGGGGGGGGGGGGGCUUUCGGAUGUCCCACUCGCCUAGGGUGAGCAGCAGUUCUUGCUGGGCGAGUAACAGGCCAGGCUCAACACGCACAGUGGGAGCUCUGGCUGGUGGGGUGGGGAGUUGUGUGAGCUGGUAAUUUAUUGUUAUUUUUGUACCUUUCCGCAAGGCUGGCCUAAGCGCAAACGAUGGAACCUGCUGCUGUAACGAUGCGGAGUUGGGGGACGAGACCCCUUACUUGCCUGCUCUGCUUCUGUUCCCACCCACCCCAUGUCUCUUGUGAAGACUGCCGCCCCCAGCUUGUGUGGAGGGAACCAGUGCAGCAACAAAGGCCAGAGAAGCACACCCUCCCCAAGCAGGCUGCAAGCCAUUUUCCGCCCCCGCCCCCAUCCGCCUGGGGAUAGACAGCAGGAGGUCUCUGUCCCAAGACACAAGUUAAUCAUCCUUGCAGUUUCGUUCCGCACCGAGCGGCUUACCCUAUAUGUCUUUCUUUGGGGACACUCGGGAGUCGUGGGGUUUGGGCGCCAAUGGCUGUAGGCUGCAAGGAAGAGCUUCGGAGCGCGAAAGUAAGGCACCCACCGCCGGGUUUUUCCGAAAGGGCUAGGAGGUCCAGUUACCGUUCUGGACCCCGCAAUCGCGUGACAUCGAAAGGCUCGAACGCUUCCCGUUUCUGCUCCCGGCAGUCCACAGCCCAGAGCAGUCUCCUCCCCAACCUGGGGCUCUCCAGAUGUGUCGGGGUACAGUUCCCCGACACAUCUGGAGGGCCCCAGGCUGGGGGAAGGCCAGCCCAGAAGGAAAAUAGCCAGGGGUCGGCAGUGGAAGGCGGAGGAAGAAGAUGCGCGUCCUUUACUGACUUCACCCCCCCCUUGUGCCUUCCAUGCUCCCAGUUUAGCGCUGACUUGAAAGCCACCAGGCAGGGGCCGCCUGACAACUUUCGCUCCUGCUUCAGUCCAUUUAGCACUUUGACCCUCCACCGAUCUGCUUUGCAGUUUAAUGCUCAGCCUCCCCCACACACCCCCCCACGAAAGGGAGCUUUUAAACACUCCUGUAGUGAUUACACCCACCCUAAGAAAGGAGACAAGCCUUACGCUGGGAAGGGAUUUCUGUUGUGCCCCCCCUUCCCCAAGCCUCAGCUGGAGCCUCUUUUGGGGAGAGGCUGGACUCUUGUCACCCUCACCCCCCCCCAGAGAAGCCACUGAACUGAUGAGCCAAACAGGAUUGAGCCAAAAACUUGGGGGCAGGGGCACAGCAGGAGGCCGGGGCGGGGGGGGGGGAUGUCCCUUGGCCCUCGCGGGCCCAGAGUAGGGCUGAGCACAGCGGAUGUAUCUGUGGAGUUGGGACUCGGUUACAGGGUAUCAGGAACAGGGUUUCUAGUCCACGCCGUGGGCUCAGGCACAGGGUAGCAGGGAUGGCGUCUUCCUGCCAACUUCAUUGGUUCGGGCACAGGGUUGGAGCAGUGUAUCCUGGGAGACACAGAGGGCGGAGGCGCGCUCAUCACGACAGGGGCCAUGGCCUUGCGUUGCUCCCUAAAGCUCUGCAUUAGAAAAAAGGCCUCGCCGUUUGGGCGAGCGGCCAGUCAGUCAAGAGGCGCGUUCGUUUUACCUCCCAAGGCCCGCCCUUGCUGAGCACCCAAGGGUGAGCGAGCGGGGGAAGGAGGCGACUGGGCCUGAAGUCGGAACAGGGAUUCAAAAGUCCCUUGGGGACUUUGCCGGGAAUGAACUGUGAGCUGAACCUGCUACCGGGCACCCCCACCCCCGCACUCGCUUCCCUAUUCUGGGGCUGAUAAUGUCAUCAUGUCGUCAUUGUUACCAGCUCCACCCCCCACCCCCCGAUCAUUGGAAUCUCCCGUGGUGGAGAUUUGGGGCGCAUUGAAGCUUGGGGGUGAAAAGUGAGAUGUGUCUCCAGCAGCCUAGGCUGCUCACAAAUGGAACGCUGCCUUCUAUGGGGUGUAGCUGGUGGCAGACCUAUAGGGCAGGACCCAAGAAUGCUUGGGUAGCCAUAAAAACGACCUGUGCGUCAUCAAGAUCCCUGUCGCUUAAUCGGAGUCCCCUGUAUUCUUCCCUCCCCUUAAGGGUAAAAUAACGGGAGGAGUCUGCAGUGGAGAUCAUAGUGUCCAGGAUGGGGACUGUUUUUCCUCCCGCUCUUGAAGCCAAGUUUUAUUUCCCUUUCCGAAAAGGGUCGCCACCUCUCCCGCACCAUCUGCCUCUGUGCCCCGUGGAAGACCUCCUCUCCCUUUAAAAGCUCGUGGCAGGCAGAGAUUCAGCAAGCGGAGUUGUAUCCGGGCACGGAGAUGGGGAGACGUGUCGCCGGCGUCUGCCUGCCGCGUGGCUGCUAAGGUGGCAACUCGACUUCCAAGGAGUACGGUGACAUUUGCACUAAUUCUCUCCUGCCGGACACUUGAUGGUGAGCGAUUCCCAAAUUGGCCGCCGCGACGCAAGGAUGGAGGGUGGCGCCGGGCUUGAGACGCCUGCUCUUCUCGGGGGCAUCAUUCUGCAAAGGGUUGCGCCCAUCUCGCAACCGGGGUUUAAGCGCUGGCUACUCUCUAAAGCUGCAGGGUUCCGGCAGCCCAUCCCACGUGCCGUGAGGAGAGAGUCGGUUGAACUCACAGUGUUUCGCUACAGCCAUACCGUUUUUUUAAACCGCGGCCUCCUAGGGUUUACAAUUCCUAUCCCCGUUCCCUCUUCCCCCGGGGGAAUUUGGGAAGGGUGAGAAGGGGGUCUCCUAACGGUGCUCAGCACACCCUCCCGAGGGUUCUUUGGAUGGAAGCCAUGACCGUUCGAGCUGGUAGAACAACCCACGCGUCCGUAGUGCAGACGUGCCCUCGCUCUCAGGAGGCGGAAGGUGCAGAGGGGGCUUGGCUUCUUGGGAGCACUACCAACCUGGCAUUGGGAGCCAGGAGAACGGCAGGGUCUCCUGAGAUGAGGGCUAAACCGGCAUUGCCGGGUCUUUGGGGGGAAGGGGCAGCAGUGCCAAUCUUGGAUCAUGCUAAUACAUUCCCCCCUACCCUCCCCAGUUCCGUUUCCCCUCCACCCAAUCAGGUAGCAGUGGGCAGGAAGUCAAUUUUCUCCCCCUUCCUGUUUGUCCCAUCAGCCCACCCCCCCAACGCAAAUCAGUGUUCACUCUGUGUCUGCUUCCUCCUUUCCCAACUCUGCCGCCCGUUUCUUCCAGCGUACUUGUUUUUACUCUGUCCGAAAACGUCUCCCGUCUUUUUCUCCUUUUUGAUGUUUCCCCCCACCCCGUCUUUCUGUUCACUUUCUUUCUCUCUUCGAGCUGUGAAUAAUUUUUAACCGUGUAAAUAUUGUCCAGCUCUUAAGAAAACAUAGGAUAUUUUAUCAAUUGUAAAUCAAAUCUGUAAUCAGUCCCUGUAUAAUACGAAUUAUCCCCAUGGGUGGUUUUCAAAACUCAGGUUCCGAAGGACCAAAUAAUAAAAACAAAAGUUUUGUUUUUUAA